UUUCGAAUUAUUUAUUCAUCGAAAUGAAAAAAGAUAUGAAGGCGAAAUAUAAUAAAAAAAAUGUUGAAUUUUAUAAAUGAUUUUGUAAUGUGGGAGGGCGCUGGGAAGGCAGCGUUAUCGAGCGUGGGCGCGCCGCCCCCGCGGCUCUGAAGCCCUACAGUUGAGUCCGUCGAGAGCCAGGGUGCGCACGCUCCUCGACGCGUCAGUAUCGCUCACUCCACAUCACAAUAUACAACUGCAUAUUCAUAUUUUUCUCGCGGAAUUGCACGUGGAUUCACGCGUGCCUCUCGAGUAACGUUGAGCGAACGAACAUUAAAAAAUUGUUUUAUUCAAUGAACGUUUAAAACACUUCGUAAUUAAAAAUAUUGUGACAUAAAUAACAUGAUUUGUGACAGUUAACCAGUGUUUAACAUACGAAUUGGGCAGCAGCGACAUCGCCUAUACGUAAUGAUAGGAGAUAGUAGCUGUCGGCAUCGGACGAGUAGGUCGCAACAAUGGAGCAUAUUAGGUCGUGCUGGUUCCGACGCAUCCAAUUGAAAGGAAAAUUGCUGUAGCGCGUACCCGGCAUGCCACCUAAGCCUCGCACCGGCGUGUUAGGAGCCCUUCAAAGAGUGGCACGGCCACUUCUGUGACUAGUUCGAACUCUCGCACACGGCACGGGAGGCGGAUUAGGAGUGGGGCGCGGCGCGUGGCGGCGGCGCGUGCGCGGGCGGCGCCAUGACGCGGCGCCCGCCAGCAUGACGCUGCCGCCGCCCGCGCGCCCCGCGCAUCCCGCCGCGCAUCGCGCAAUGCGCUAUUACCGCAUCUGGAUCUACGCCUGCAACGGCGCGCUGCUGCUCGGGGCGUUAGCUUUCUGUGCGGCGGCGGGUCGCGCGCUCUCUGAUUACCGUCGGGCACUAGUACCUGGACUCGGUAUCGCUCAACCCGGCUUUCUCUACGGGUACGCAGCCCUUCCAGUUCAAGCGGGACUCUUGCAGCUUCUGGGUUGCCUUGCGGCUUUACGCCUUUCGGAACGUAUGCUCAACGCUUAUUGGCUAGCUCUACUGGCCUUGCUGGUAGGUGACGCAGCCAUCGGUGUAUAUUGGGCUUUUCGUUUCGAACGUGUUUGUCGUGAGCUUCGACCGCAACUGCGACUUCGCCUCGCGAGAGAUUACGAUACAGACGUGGACUUUGCAGAAGCCUGGGAUCGGUUGCAAAGAGAGCAGCGUUGUUGUGGUGUUACGGGUCCUUCUGAUUUUGCGACCUUCAACAAGACCACGCUUCCGGCAAGUUGCUGCCGUAUUCCUGCACAUACCCCGGCCGUGACACCGACAUUACUAGCUGUUACUUCCGCAACUUCGCCAGGGCCGUUCACUCCCGUUCAUUGCGCUCCGCACACGGCAGCUUGUGCCGAGAGGCUGUUGGUUUGGCUCCGCAGAACGGCGGAUGCAUUGUUCGUUUUAGGAUAUUGUGUAAUUGCGUUCUUGAAACUGUGUUUCCUAGGCAUUCUUCGAUACGAAAUAAAAGAAAUGAUCCAAAAAAUUAGGAUAUUGAGAAGCGAACUUGGGGCGGGCGAACUUCUCGACGGUAGUCCGAUGCACGGUGGACCUUUAUCUCAGACAAUCAUUGUGAACGCAGUGAAUGUGAACGGUGGCGUCAGAGCACAUGGGGGUAGUCCGGAGCGUGCGGGAGAACGUGACGCUCUUUUGGGAAGAGCUUCAGAAGCGUGCUCUCGGCGCAGUACGCACGAUGAGCCUUUAGGACCCAAAACAAUAAACGGUAAUAAUAAUUGUGAGAUGCGUGAAUUGGCCCGUGGAGAAUAUCGACCUCUCGCUGCGGACAGUGCGGCGACUCGAAUCUGACUAAGAUGUUACUUGGAGCGGUUGUUCGGGCGACGGUGGCGCUCGUUUCCUGCGGACGGAAGCGAGGUGGAGCUGCCACUAGGCCGCGGACCACCGGCAUGCGUGGCGCGCGCUGCCGGCGCUCGAGUUCGUCUCGACCACCGUCGCCAAACCCGCUCCGAAUUCGAGCUUUAAGCUCAUCAAGACCAACUCGCUAUUAUAAAGGGUGCAGAUGGCGGACCUAAUGAUAUUUAGUAUCAACGAUUACGCUGUCAACUGAAAAUUCUCAGAGAUUACAAAGUAUAAUCGGUAAAACUGGACUAAAAUGUAAUUUAGAUAGAUCUGUUUAAAGUCUUAAAUCGAUACAGUAAGAGUUAGAGAAGUUGCCUAAGAAUAAAUGUGUGAAAUGUGAGUUUGAAACGAUGUGAUUACGUGUAACAGACUACGAAGUCUACGAGCGAAGCUUGUGUUUAGUUCCUACAUUGUGCCGUAGUUUAUUUCUUUUGUGUUUCUUAUAUACCGUUUGAUCCACCACCAUGAUGUGUAAUUAAUUACAUUGAAAUGUUUUAAACAGAUAAGUAUUUUGUUUUAAACUUUCAGGGCUAUCGAUAUUAAAACAUUAUUAUUUAACGGGUUCUUAUAUAGUAAACAAGUACUAAAAUUAAAAGUAAAAAAUAAUGCGAUCUGACAGUGUUCUGAAAAAACUGUCGAUAUAAGUGUAGCGGUAACACCCACAAAACUAGAAUGAGGGUAGACAGACUUGUUUGCCCUAACACCCAAGCUACAAUCUUGAGUUUAUCAGUUUUAAGAACCCGUUAAAUAAUAGUGUAAAAUAAACGUAUUCCGUAAUAAAAAUAUUUAUGUACUUAUUUUAAACUUUCUUAAAAUGCUAAAAUAACUGGCUGGAUAUGUUAAAAAUUCAAAAUCCGCGAAACAAUAAUUGUUUUAGCCUUCGUUACGUUUAAGGGUAACAUGAAACAUCAUACGAAAGGGUAAAAAGUUUGAAAUUUCGUUCUCGGUUUGUUUUAUUCGCUCUGUUUAACAUUCACGUUUGAAUAAAACAUUUCGUUGAUGUUCACAACACACAGUACAAGGUAUACUCGUAUAUCGUACUAUAGUAGAAUUAUUUUGUCCGUGCAGUUUGGGUUAUAAAACAUAGCCCGGCUAGGGCGGUGAGCAUAUUGCGCGGGCGCAACGCCAUUAUCGAUAAAAAUAAAUGAAUCAUCGAGACAUUGUUAUGUUAAGUCAUUUGUACUUACCUGCAAAUUAUAGUACAUUAUGUCGAAGAGUAAUGUGUUUUUAUGCAUUCGUUCUCUGAAUUUCUUUAGUGACACAAUGGCUGCUCCUUUGUUUUGUAUCAAAACGGCAGAAAAUAUUCAAAAUAAUAUUUGCACGUGUUGUCAACAAUGUGUUAAAAUUUUUCACUGAAAUAAGAAUAAAUCUCGAAAAGUUACAAAGUGUUAAUUUCUGCCGUUCUCGUUAACUUGCUGCGGCGAUAUGUGGUGCAAGUGUUCGAUUAGUGAUUCUUUCUUUCAUUUUUAUCACUAACCCACAAAAUGACAAAACUAAAUACACUAUCGAUAACGCUUAUCGACAACAAUAAUGCGCAACACUAUACCCGUCUAUAAGGCUCGUGAGUGGAAAAGAGAGCGAAAUACUCGCUUCACCGCUCCGAUUUUUUAUGACUCAAAAUGCACGGACAAAAUAAUUCUACUAUAGGUACAAGAAAGCGGCGUUUUAUUACAGGCAUCGUAUGUUAUAAUAAUAUAUUGUCAUGAUCCUAAAAAACGUUUUCGAUAAUUUCCGAAGUCAGCGUGUUAUACAUUUAACAUACAUUUUUAGUCAGAUUUUUAAUCCUGCACCGAUCUCCAAACAGUAUUUUUAGUCCGAACACUUCGGAACGUAGAUUAGUGAUUCACUUGCUUGGUUAGGAAACAUGCGUUAUUCAAGAACCAAUGUCCCGUAAGCUUUUAAACACGUGAGCGAGUGUGCGAGUGGUGUCGAUCGUUGUCUAUUUAUCUAGUUCUCGUUAUAUAACUGGAAAACCUUCUAGUAAAGGUGAGUGUAAUGUGUAAAUAAUAAUAACAAUUUGUACAUGAGUAGAGCGCGAGUUGUUGUACAUGGACAGAUUUACACAAAUAGUACUGAUAUGAGCUUAAACAACGUAGUGCCUACAAAUAUAAUAUGCUUGUGAACAAUAUAAAUCGAACGAGCACCAUUCUAGUUCGACUGUCGCAGAAGAAUUUCAAACGUAUUAAUUUCAAUCAUUACGUAAAAAAUGUAAGGGGGACUCACUCGUAAGCAUGCACAGGUUCUAAAUUAUCCCGAGAAUCGUAUGUGUGGCGUCGUAUCCAUAGGUUAGAUUAUAUUAUAUCAUGGCUGUGUCAAGUGUAGGUGUGACCUAUACGUGCCUCGUGCUGAGAUCGUUCCGUAGAACCUCGUGAUUGCGCGCGUGUUCUGUGGCGGGUUGGAGCCGGCCAUUGUGCCCGAAAGCCCUUAUCAAAAUGAUAUUCGAAUAUCUUCUGUCGUACAUAUUUGUAUUUAUAUUGGUGUAACUUUAUAGAUAUUAUAUUGUAAUUACGAUUAUUGUAUUAUGUUCGCUUAGAGUAGGUCUAAUAUUUUGUGAAUUUAUGCAGAAAAAUAGUUUUUUAAAUAUUGUUGUCACAUAAAUGUACCAAUCUUAUAAAAUUUGUACCUAUAUUCGGAAAGUUGAAUAAUUUGUAGAUAGGAUCCAAUCUAAGUCCUGCAUUUCUUCCAAAUAAAAGGUUAAACUACAUGUGCCUUGGCUUACAUAAUUAUAUUACUGAUGUUGUCUUUAUUUAAUGUUACUAAUCGAAAUGAGAUAAAAUAAAGAAUAAUAAUGAUUGAAAUUUACAGUAACGUGCUGCCUCCGUCUAUAUAAUGUUCUAUCAACUACCUUUUUACUGAAUUUUAAUUAUAUUAUUAUACUUUCUUGGUAACUAUUGGAUGACUACUAACUUAUCUUCUAUGCAAGUAAAAUAGAUUGUUAAUAGAGGAAGAUUACGUCAGUGUAAUGUGUCGCUUAAGAUUCUUAUCUUGCAACUUGAUGGUUUCUGAUUAAAUAUGUUUAAUUUUCAAUAACUAUAGUUGUUCAAACUUUCCGAAGGUACGCACUAGGCGACUGAGAGCUAAUACUAUCAUUAUAAAUGCAUUAAAUAAAAUGUUUGUUAAAA